AUGAAGCAACAAAAGGUGAAGGAAUUUGCAUCACUAGUACAAGGCAGCAUGUCUAUGGAACAAUAUGCUGCCAAAUUUAUGGAGUUGGGGAGGUUUGCUCCACACCAAAUUUCUACUGAGAAGAUGCAAGCCCAGAAAUUUCAAGUGGGUUUGCAGCCAUGGAUCAACAUCCAAGUGGUUUAUCUCCAGAUCGAGAAUUACCAAGAGUUGGUUAAUGUGGUAGCUAUUAUUGAAGCAGGGCAAAGGGGCUUAACUACCCACAUUAAUUUAGAGAAAAAGAGAGCUUACCAAUUCGUUGUCAGUGGAAGCUUAGAUAAUAAGAGGGUGAUGACCGAAGCAAACAAAGGAAAGGACAUCAUGAUUGGAGGACAAAUGCCUAGUCCAAUACCUAUCUGUAGAAAGUUUGGCAGGAAGCAUGGAGUCGAAUGCAAACUCGCUUCAAGGGCCUGUUUCAAUUGUGAUCAGCUAGGCCAUAUGAAGAAAGACUAUCCCAUUGAGGCUUAG